UUGUGCUGUGUGUGUGUGUGUGUGUCUGCAUUCCUACAUUAUCCAGGAGAGGUGGAGGCCAGCCCCGGCAGCUGAAAGGGGGUGGAGAUGGAUGGGGAAGCCUAUAAAGGAUGCGAGAUAAUUUGUUGAGCCAAGCGGCGAGGCAAGAGCGUCUCUGCUCGGAACAGCGUUGCAAGAGUUAGAGAUCCGUAGCCUGAGAUGAUGGGCCUGGACACUCGCUCGCAGAAAGCCGUGUCGGGGUCCCUGGAACACGAGAGUGGGGCGGGGGUCUCCCCGCUGCCGCCCCCUCCCUACGGCGGGGAAGGGGCCUUGGAGCUGCGGGGGUCUCUGGACUGCUGGGCGUGUGCCGUGCUGGUCACAGUCCAGAACCUGCUGGUCGGGGGCCUCAACGUCCUCUUUGUGGGGGUCAUAUUUGGGCUGAUCCUGCUCCCGGCCGGGGUGCUGCUGGGGUUCGGGUUCCUGUGCCAUUCCAAGUUCUUACACACCCAGGAGCCCUACUGCACGGCCCACCUGAACGACGCCUCCUCCGUGGCGCUCCUGGUGGUGGGCUUCACCCUCCUGGUGCCCCUCCUGGUCUUGGCGCUGGCUGCCUACUGCCGCCUGGCCCGCCGGCUCCAGCUGGGCUACUGCCUCGUCCCCUACAGCAAGGCUGUCUACAAGAACCUGCCCGCGUCCCAUUACCACAGCUCCGGGUGCUGCUGCAGCCAGGAUUUCGAGCCAGUGGAGAAAGUCUGGGUUUGAGGAGGGGGGGGGCGGUUUGG